AUGGGAUGCGACUAUUACGGCCCUGAACCUGAUAUCAUGCCGCUCGAGGCUCCAAGCGAGAAGACGAGCACGGCCUCGGGUCGGGAGGAGUUGACCCCCGAGAACCCGGAUGAUUGCUGCUCUUCUGGCGACUGCGCGGAUAACAAGCCCCAUAAUCAUACCGACGUGCCUGACUGCUGCUGUGGCAAAGUCAGCCCAUGCUGCGACACGUCUUGCCUUGACCGCUUGGCUAUGCGGGAAUGCGGGAUGAGUGCUACUGCUACCCGCGGCCUAAAUAUUCAUCCAAAUACUUGCGAUGGAGUUACCGACUAUAAGGCAUGUAACCAACAUCAUCUCUCUACCCUCGACCGCUACGGCGCUACUCUACAAGCCCUGGGAUGCAUCUGCCGCGCUCUCAUCGCUCUUAGCUAG